AUGAGGUCAAAGCAUGAAACUCUGGCAAAAGGAGCGUGGAUAGUAACGCACUAUGCAUGCGCUCCUGGACCUCGCCUCCUCCAUAGUAACCACUCCUCACAUACGCGAAUAUGCUGGGUCUUGCGCAACGGCGUCGACAACGAAAGCCAAUCCGAAUCGCGUAAGCUUCUUCCUCCGAGUGGAGACGAAUGGGACACUCAUGGAUCUCAAAGGGUGAUGGGUCCGACGGGAGUAGGCAAAACGACAUUCAUAAACAUUGCUAGUGGAUCUCACCUUCGUGUCGGGCACACUCUAGUAUCUGCCACAGAAAGUGUCGAGUCCUCUGUCGAGUUUUCGCUGGAUGGGAAUUGGAUACAGCUUGUGGAUACACCUGGCUUUGACGACACAACGAAAUCUAAUGCGGAGAUCUUAAAAAUCAUAGCAGACUUCCUAUCAUCCUCAUAUCGCAAGAAGCAUAUGCUUCAUGGCAUAAUCUAUUUGCACCGCAUUUCAGAUAACAGGAUGGGGGGGACAGCCAUGCGGAACUUCAAGAUGUUCCGACAGUUGUGCGGACAAGGUGCUCUGUCGAAUAGCGUCAUCGUGCUGAACAUGUGGAAUGAAGUCAGCUCGGAAGUACGGGAGGCGAGAGAGAAGGAGCUUUGUACCAAGGAAAUUUUCUUCAAGCCCGUGCUGGAUGCUGGCGCUCAGAUGGCGCAUCAUGACAAUUCGACAGGCUCCGCCCACGAUAUACUACGCUUGCUCACUGGGCGUGGACGAGUUCCGAAGCCGCUCCUGAUCCAGAGGGAGAUGGUCGACGACGGAAAGCUAGUGCGCGACACCUCCGCAGGGAUCGAGCUCUUGGGAGACCUCGCGGCAGCAGAAAGGAAACAUUCGAAGCAGCUGGAGGAGAUGCAGAAAGACAUGGAAGAAGCAAUCCGAAAGAAAGAUCUGGAGGAGCAAACGGAACUGGAGGAUGCUCGUCGGCGGUUGGAUGAGCUGAGGAGUAGGCUGACGCAGGAACAGAAGAGCAUCCACACGCACGGAGAACCAGCCUCGCCACCGGAUGAACAGUUUCGACCGAAGGCCCACGAGAAAUUGAUGAAAAUGCUGCAGUCGGUGAAACAAAGUAUUGGUGUUCUGCAAAUAUGGGCUCGGAUGCGUCCUGUGCCGUAA